UGCUGGUAGGAUAGACUGACACUGAGUGGGGGAUCCCUCCCAACCCCCUGAGGCAGUUCCCCAGGCAGUAUGUAGGAAGGAAACACCCAGAGACCUUAUUGGUUCCUUUAACUUGGAGCAUGGGGACUUAAAUUCACCGCAGGGAGCAGUGGAGUGGUUUGCAGCUGGGCUGGGCAGAGAUCUCAGUGAGCUUUCAGCUUGCCCAGAUUGGCUCUGCAAGUUGCGGAUGCUUCAGAAGGGCUCUGUAACGGGCAUCUGAAAGUACUUGAAAGUAGCUGUGCCAUUUGAGGGAUCAGUGCUUCCUCUGAAAACCUGCUGGAUGGAUUUCCAGAGCUGGUUUGCCUUCCCAGUUGGGGUAUUGCUGUGUUGUGCUGUUCAGACAUCUGCUGCUCAACUUCCUGCAUCUGACAACUGCACCAGCAAUGGUCAAAGAAUAUCCUUCAGCCACUCGUACAAGAUUGACCUGCCAACGUCCUCCCAGAUCAAGGUGGAGGCAGAUCCAUUGCAGCAUGUGGACAACAGUGAGGUGCAGCUAGAUCCUGGGGAGGCUGAGGAAAACGAAGAGCAGAAUAUCAUCUUCAGGCACAACAUCCGUGUGCACGCACCCAAAGGGGACUGUGAAACUCUGGCCCACAUCAAAGGUCUGCUUGAGAGGAUGGAGAAGCUGGAGAAAGAAGUGGCAGAGCUGAGAGGAGUCUGCAGCCCUCAGAAGUGCUGUGGGGGAAGCCAAGGCAUCUCUCCCUGCAGUGGCCACGGGACGUUCCUCUACGAGACCUGCAGCUGUAAGUGCUCCGAGGGCUGGGAGGGCAGCGACUGCUCCCGCCCCACCUGCCACUGCCACGGCCGUGGGCGCUGCGAUGGUGGGAAGUGUGUCUGUGAUGAGCCUUAUUUUGGUGAGGAUUGCAGCCAGCAGCUCUGUCCAGAGAACUGCAGUGGCAAUGGGAUCUGUGACACGGCCAGAGGGGUCUGCCAGUGCUAUGAGGAGUUCACCGGAGAGGACUGCAGUGAGAAGCGAUGUCCUGGGGACUGCAGUGGCAACGGGUUUUGUGACACAGGAGAGUGCUACUGCCAUGAGGGCUUCUUUGGCCCUGACUGCUCCCAGGUGCUUGCUCCCCAGAACCUGCGCUUGCUGAACACCACAGAGGACUCGCUGACUGUCAGCUGGGAUCAAAUGAUUGAUGUGGAUAAUUAUCUCAUUAGCUAUUACCCAGCAGAACAUGAGAUGUUGGUGAAACAAGUUCAUGUGCCCAAAGAGCAGCUCAGCUAUGAGAUUGUGGGUCUCCACCCCAGCACCACAUACAAUGUCACACUUCACCAUGUAAAGAAGGGGAUUACCAGUGAGCUCAAGCAUCUAGAAGCAAGCACAGUCCCAUCAGCACUUAGUGCCAUCUGGAUGACGGAGGAGAUGGAGCACUCCCUAGAAGUGGAGUGGGAGAACCCACCAACAGAUGUGGAUUAUUACAAGCUGAAGUUCAGAUCCCUGGUGGAGAUGGAUGAGAAGCAGGUUGUGGUGCCCAAAAGCAGUGACCCCAAGAGCAGACACAUCAUGACUGGCCUGAAACCUGGCACGGAGUACGAGGUCACUGUCAUACCUGUGAAGGAUGGUAAAGAGGGGAAACCAUCCUCAGUGAGUGGCAAGACUGGAAUUGAUAGCCCAACCAAUGUGGUGACAGACCGAGUGUCGGAGGAUACAGCCACUGUCUCAUGGAAUAAUGUUGAGGCUCCCAUAGACAGGUACAUGGUGAGAUACACUUCAGCUGAUGGGGACAUCAAGGAAAUAGAGGUGGGCAGUGAAAACAGCAUCAUCACCUUACUGGAUCUGAAGCCAGGCAUGGAAUAUAUCAUCCACAUCUGGGCAGAGAAGGGUCCCCAGAGGAGCAAGAAGGCCAGCACCAGAGCUGUGACAGAAAUCGACAGCCCAACUAAGCUGUUGACUGACCAAGUGACAGAGGAUGCAAUUACUGUUUCCUGGAACAAAGUCCUGGCCUCAAUAGACAGAUACAGAGUGAGUUACACAUCGGCUGAUGGGCAUACAGAGGAGAUAGAAGUGGAGAAAGACAAGAAUGUCACCAUCUUAGCAGGACUGGAGGCGGGCAUGGAGUAUGUGAUUCGUGUCUGGGCAGAAAAGGGAGAACAACAGAGCAAGAGGGCCAGCACCGAGGCUGUGACAGAUAUUGACAGCCCCACUCACCUGGUGACUGAUCAAGUGACAGAGAGCACAGCCACUAUCUCCUGGGGCAGGGUCCAGGCUCCCAUAGAUAGGUACAUGGUGAACUAUACCUCUGCUGAUGGUGACACCGGGGAGAUAGAAGUGGGGAAGAACAAGACUGCCACAACUCUGGUAGAACUGAAACCUGGCACUAAAUAUGUCAUCUACCUCUGGGCAGAGAAGGGAACCCAGCAGAGCAAGAGGACCAGCACUGAGGCAGUGACAGAAAUUGACAGCCCGAAGAAUCUGGUAACUGACCAAGUGACAGAGGACUCAGCCACCAUCUCUUGGGAUAGUGUCCAAGCUCCCACAGAUAGGUAUAUGGUGCGCUACACUUCUGCUGAUGGGGACACCGAGGAAAUGGAAGUGGGGAAAGCCAAGAGCACUACAACUCUGACAGGACUAAAAUCAGGCAUGAAGUAUACCAUCCAUCUCUGGGCAGAGCUGGGAAGCAAGCAGAGCAAGAGGGCAACCACGGAUGCACUGACAGAGAUUGAUCCUCCCAAGAACCUGCGCGUAUCAGAUGUGACUCGGUCUACUGGUGUAGUUACCUGGACUCCUCCUGCAGCACAGAUUGACGGCUAUUCUCUGACCUACCAGGGUCAAGAUGGUGCCAGCAAGGCAGUGCAGCUGGGUCCUAGUGAACAACGGUUUGUGCUGGAAGGACUGGAACAAGGAGCAAAAUAUACUGUCUUUGUGAUGGCCUAUAAGGGAGACCGCCAGAGCAGAAAGACAGACAGUACCUUCUCAACAGUUAGCUUCCUCUACCCGUAUCCAGCAGACUGCAGCCAGACGCAGCAGAAUGGAGACGCCCCGAGUGGCACGUACACCAUUUACCUCAAUGGAGACAGCAGCAGGCCGAUGCAGGUGUACUGUGACAUGACCACCGAUGGAGGCGGGUGGCUAGUGUUUCAGAGGCGGAACACAGGCGAGCUGGAUUUCUACAAGCGCUGGAAAAAUUAUGUGGAAGGCUUUGGAGAUCCCACUGGAGAAUUUUGGCUUGGUCUUGACCAGCUGCACAAUCUCACAGGCAGCGGCCCCAUCCACUAUGAGCUGAGGGUGGAUCUGCGGACAGCCAAUGAGUCUGCCUACGCUGUCUAUGACUUCUUCCAGGUUGCCUCUAGCAGAGAGAGAUACAGGCUGUCGGUGGGGAAUUACAGAGGCAAUGCUGGGGAUGCCAUGACCUACCACAACGGCUGGAAGUUCACGACGUGGGACAGAGACAACGAUGUGGCUCUCAGCAACUGUGCUCUGACACACCAUGGCGCGUGGUGGUACAAGAACUGCCACUUGGCCAACCUUAAUGGGAAAUACGGGGAGAGCAAACACAGUGAGGGGGUGAAUUGGGAGCCGUGGAAGGGCCAUGAGUUCUCCAUCCCUUUUACUGAGAUGAAGAUCCGUCCUCAGUCUUCUAGUAAUGAGUCAAUCCUUGGGAGGAGGAAGAGAACUCUACAGGGAAGGAGGAAGAAGAUCAGGGCUUAAAUUGUCCUCUGUGCAGGACCCAAAAAUUAUGAUUUGGUAUUUCUUAACAAAGUUAGGUUUGGAUGACUUUUUCCAACACUUUGGAAGCAACUGCUGACCAACUUGCCCCAGAAGGCUCUGUGUCUGCAGCCCAGCCUGCUUCCAGCCUUUGGAGCUCCCGAUGGGUGAUCUGUCAGAGAUCGGGAGGGGGCUCACUGGGGGCAUUGGCCUUGUAGCUUCCGUGGUUGGCUAAACGUGACAAGGACCUGCUUGAUCCAAUGUAUGCAACUUUUAUGAAUUGUGCAUAAAACAAAUGUUAAUACAUGCUAUUGUUUCUUAAAACCCAGCUUGCUGACUCCUCAUUUCUCUGGUGCCAUCCACUUCAGACUUCAACAAAAAUAAAUUUGAUCCCACUGAAAAAUGAAAGCUCCCUACAUUAUACC